UGCGUAUAUCAGAGCUUCCUCCCUCCCUCCCUCUCUCUCUCUCUUCAGUCAUGGCCGGACGCAAUGGACCCACGCAGCGAGUUCUGAAGCAAUGUCUCGAGUCUUGUUUACAUGACGCAGCUUCAGCGAUCUAGAAUUUUCUUUCUGAUGUUCUCUUCUCUCCCUCACCUCGACGCUGCUUCCAUUCCCAUCGAUACGUAAUAUUGGGAAGACAGAAACUCACCCCCAUUCUUCUGCUUCCCGGUUUCUUUUGUACCCUACAUUUUCCUCUCGGUUUUCUUGUCGAGAGAGAACUUGCCCGCCCGACUACUUCUUUCCUAUCAACUCGACCCUCAUGGUCAUGCUGCAUGCUUCUUCCUGCGUUCGGCCGGAGGUGUUGCAUUCGUUUCUUCCCACCCUCUCAUCCUGAUUAAUUCCUGAACAUGAUCUAUUUGUCUUGUCCCCGUUAUACGUUCCGCUUUUACUUUCUCUGUUUGUUUUCUGCUCGAUCCCGAUGUGCAUUUUCUUUUUUGUUUUGCGAUCUUUGCAUUACAUGUACGGUACAUAUAGCUCGUGAUUCAGCAGAUAAAAUAGGGAUUAUUACUAGUACUAGUAUACGUUUUAGUUGCUUGGCAUUUGCUUUCCUUGGAUGGUGUAUAACAGACCUGCCUUUUUGGUGUUUACUGAGUACCAUACAAUAACAUGUUCAAGAUGUUUGUUACUCGGCUCAUACGG